AUGGCUUCAUUGUCAUUCACAAAAAUCUUUAUCUUGUUCUUGAUUACUUUGCUGUUCUCGAUAUCAAAUGCCGACCCUUCUCCACCAUACAAACUCAUUGACAAAGUUUGUAACAAACUACAAGACAUUGACGACUGCUUCCAGUUCCUAGAAUCUGAUGACAAGAGCAAGUUUGCAGAAAAUAUAACCAUCCUUACCACGAUUGCAGUCGAUCAGACAACAAAACAUGCAAAUGCAACACGAAAUAUAUUCCGUGAAUUGAAAACUGGUUCUCCUGGUGUGUUGAAAUCUCUCAAAGAUUGCAUCCAUUCAUAUAGUCACGUGAUCUCGAAUUUAAAGAUUCGUAUGUUUGAAGAAAUUUGUUCUUUGAUUGCUAAUGACAUUCAAGUUGCAGUGGACAAGGUUAAACAUCGUCAAAUGAUUGUGGAUUCAAAUGGGGCUCAUGGUUCCUUUAUUACAACUCUUAAUAAUGUCAUUCUAGAUCUUUGUAAGCUUUGUGAGUUAUUAGCCAACCUUAUGUGUAACCUUAAAUUGAAGACAAAAGUCAUGACACUUUAA